CUGGAAUGGUUGGUUUGCAGUGGAAGAAUGUGCAAAGUAGAGAUAGAAAUAAUAGGGUGCAAAGGAGCAAAAUAAAUAAAUACAGUAGGGAGAGAGGUAGUUGUUUGAGCUAAAUUAUAGAUGGGCUAUGUACAGGUGCAGUAAUCUGUGAGCUGCUCUGACAGCUGGUGCUUAAAGCUAGUGAGAAGAUAAGUGUUUCCAGUUUCAGAGAUCUUUGUAGUUCGUUCCAGUCAUUGGCAGCAGAGGAAGAAUUGGUUUUGGGGGUGACCAGAGAGAUAUACCAGCUGGAGCGAAUGCUACAGGUGGGUGCUGCUAUGGUGACCAGCGAUCUGAGAUAAGGGGGGACUUUACAUAGCAGGGUCUUGGCGUUUGGCGACCAGUAUGAAGCGAGGGCCAGCCAACGAGAGCAUACAGGUCGCAAUGGUGGGUAGUAUAUGGGGCUUUGGUGACAAAACGGAUGGCACUGUGAUAGACUGCAUCCAAUUUAUUGAGUAGGGUAUUGGAGGCUAUUUUGUAAAUGACGUCGCCGAAGUCGAGGAUUGGUAGGAUGGUCAGUUUUACAAGGGUAUGUUUGGCAGCAUGAGUGAAGGAUGCUUUGUUUUGCGAAAUAGGAAGCCAAUUCUAGAUUUAACUUUGGAUUGGAUAUGUUUGAUGUGAGUCUGGAAGGAGAGUUUACAGUCUAACCAGACACCUAGGUAUAAAAUGAGCAUCAGAGCCGGUGUAGUAGGAUUCGAUCUUGGUCCUGUAUUGCCACAUUGCCUGUUUGAUGGUUUGUCUGAGGGUGUAGCGGGAUUUCUUAUAAGCGUACGGAUUAGUGUCCCACUCCUUGAAAAAGGCCGCUGUAGCCUUUCGCUCAGUGCAGAUGUUGCCUAUUACUUCUGGUUGGGAUAUGUACGUACGGUCACUGUGGGGAAGACGUCGUCGAUGCACUUAUUAAUGACACCGGUAAUCGAUGUGGUAAAUUCCAUAGGAUGAAACCCGGAACAUAUUCCAACCUGUGCUAGUGAAACAGUCAAGUAGCUUAGCAUCCACUUAAUCGGACCACUUCCAUAUUGAGCACUUGACUGGUACUUCCUGUUUGACUUUUUGCUUGUAAACAGGACUUAGGACGAUAGAGUUAUGGUCCGAUUUUUUUUCAAGUGGGGGGCGAGGGAGAGCUUUUUAUGUGUCUCAGUGUGUGGAGUAAAGGUGAUAUACCGUUUUUUCUCCUAUAGUUGCACAGGUGACAUGCUGAUAGAAAUUAUGUUCAACAGAUGAUGAUGAUGAUGAGUAUUUAUGAAUUAUGUUACUGAUUAGGGCUAAAACUUUUUGAUCCAACUGAACAUACCACCUCUGCACCAGAUACUUAUAAUGCAAUCUUGCAACCAUAACCAUCGUCAGUUGUAGGCCUACUACAUCCCUCUCUAGUCAUCAUUUACUCCCUCCAAAAGUUAACAUAGGACAAAUGAGCUGGCACGUGUCAGUCAACAAAGCAUUGAUUCACUAUUGGUCUGCCAGCGAGGAAGGGGCAGAGAGCACCCUCCCCCAGCCAGAUGUGCGCAAGCAUCUAUCUCCAGUCGGCACCUCUGGCUUCAGAUGAGCCUCCUGCAGGCAGGCACACGGACAGUCAGAGGAAUACCACAGCUGUGCCUCUGCCUCUACCGCGCUGCAGACGCGCGUCCGCACUGUCUACGCUGAGCCUGUGCAGCAGCGGCUGCAUUCACUCUGCUACCGCCCUGCUUGUUGUAUUUCGUCGCACCCAGAAAGAGAAACCCGUCUGUACCCCACUCAUACAGGCGGACCUGUUCACAUUUUCACUGUGGAUUUUACAUCUUUACAGGAGACCGUGGAUUGGAACUAAUUAUUGCGCGUAUUGGAUACAUUUGAGCGGAAUCACUGUUAGGUUAUUGUUUUUCAAGGUUGGAGACAGUAUGCUAUAUUGAUAUCUAAUCUGCGUGAUAUUGGUUAAUGAUUUCGAAGCACGCGGAGGGGCGUGGAAUUCAUUGACAUCGAUUUGGUCUCCUUGUGUGUAAAACAACCGAGAUAUUUUCUCCCCACUCCUCCCUUCCCUCACCUUCAGCAUGACUUCUCUGUCUGGGACCAAAGAGAGGUCUGUGACCAGCAGGAGCAGAAAAUACGGGGUUACCGACACCUCUCCGACAAAAUCAGCCUCCUUCUCCCCGGAGACAUGGUAUAGAAAGGCCUACGAGGAGUCCCGGACCAGCAGCAGACCCGCUCCAGAGGGAGUCGGCUCCAUGCCUAGCUCCACAGGCACCCCCUCCCCAGGAUCUGGCACCUCUUCCCCGGGCUCUUUCUCUGGUUCCCCCGGGACCAUAUCCCCAGGGAUCGGGACCUGUUCUCCCGGGUCUCUGGGUGGAUCGCCAGGUUUCGGUACAGGUUCGCCCGGCUCUGGCAGCGGGAGUUCCCCUGGUUCUGAGAGAGAGAGGGGGAUAUGGUGUGAGAACUGCAACGCCCGGCUGACAGAGCUGAAGAGGCAGGCGCUGAAGCUGCUGAUUCCCGGCCCCUACUCCAGCAAGGAUCCCUCCUUCUCCCUCCUCCUCCACGACAAGCUCCAGGUGCCCAACAGCUCGCGGCGGGCGUGGAACGAGCGUGACAGUCGCUGUGACGUGUGUUCCACUCAUCUGACUCAGCUGAAACAGGAAGCAGUCCACAUGGUGCUGACCUUGGACCAGUGGGACCUGUCCCCCAGCUCGCCCCCCACCCUGCCCAGCCGCAGUGGCCUUCCCCAGGGCCCCACAGCACCACGGGACUGGGCCUACCUCCUCCCAGCCUCAGCAGCCUACCCCCAUCCACACCCACACCACCCUACCAUGCCUCCGUCCUCCUCUAGUGCAUCAUCCUCAAGCCCCAGCCACACUGCCUCCAACCCCUGCCAAGGUGCAGCAUCUGUGGGGAAAACCCCUGCCCAGACAGCCUCUUCAGCACUAGCCCCAGCCUCCUCAUCGCCAGCUCCAUCCUCUGUGCAUCAGGGAGUGUAUCCCCGCCAUGGGUCCAAGCCCAGCUCCCUAGGGGUCGGCUUGGGGGUUGAGAGGAGGAGCGUCUCUCCGGCACACAGUAGUAAAGCCAGCGGUGCCCAGCCGCCCCACAGCCCCAGUAAUAACGGUUCUGGUAGCAGAGCGUUACUGAGCACGGCAGCCCUGCAGGCUCACCAGUACAUGUCUCGCAGCAAUGGAGGAGGAGUCACACUCUACCCCUACCAGAUCUCGCAGAUGAUAUCAGAGGGGUGUAGAGAGGGUCUGACGGAGGAGGCUCUGAACCACUACAAUGCUGAUCUCCCCGCCCCCUCACCUUCCAAGGUCCCUCCCACUUUGCAGGUUACCACGGCAACCCCAACCACCACCUCUGCCGCUGCAUCGUUCUUCGCCAGUUAUUAAGACAUCGAGGCCGACAUUCUCCUCCAAACGCCGUCCCACAAAAAAUGUGAGGGCAGAUUCUGCAUUGCAUACCUCCAG